CCGCUGUCAGAGAAUUGUCAUUUUGGAAAUAAAUACGUCAGCCACGUUGGAAGUGCCAACUGCCAACUCGGUGUUUUUAUGUUGUUUUAGUGAGAUUGGUGCUUGACAAUGAAGAUUAAGGAGUUAAAGCGGACGGUGAACACCAGCUGGUCGCCGCCGGGGCACUACCCUUCUAUGAUCGUUACCGGCUCCGCGGCGCAGCAAGUGGACGCUAAUUUCAGCUCUAAUUCCUAUUUAGAGCUCUAUGCCUUAAAUUUAAGUGACUCCAGCCCUGAUUUAGAACUUAAAUCUAGCAUACAGACAAAACAUAAAUUUCAGAAGCUAGCAUGGUCCGGUGCAGGCAUAAUAGUGGGGGGCUGCGACGGAGGCCUGCUGGAGUUCUACAGUGCAGAGAAUUUGUUGAACAAGGCCAGUGAGCCCCUUGUCGGCAGCACCUCUAAACAUAAUGGCAACGUGUCAGCCCUUGAUAUCAACCCUUACCAGAAGAACCUUUUGGCCUCUGGCGCGUCAGACAGUGAGAUCUUCAUCUGGGACCUCAACAACACGAGCCAGCCCAUGGCGCCAGGCAACAGGAGCCAGCCCUACGACCAUGUGCAGGGCUUGGCCUGGAACCAACAGGUACAGCACAUAUUGGGAUCCACAUUUGCCACAAGAUGUUUGGUUUGGGACUUAAGGAAAAAUGAACCCAUUAUGAAACUAAGUGACUCACAGUUCCGGACUCGCUGGCGCUCCUUAGCGUGGCACCCCGCGGUGGCCACUCAACUUUGUAUCGCCUCCGAGGACGACCAGGCGCCCGUCAUACAGUUGUGGGAUUUGAGGUUAGCAGCAUCUCCCUUGGUGACACUAGAAGGCCAUGAAAAAGGCGCUCUCUCAUUGUCGUGGAGUCGCCACGACCACGACUUGCUACUGUCCGGGGGCAAGGACGGAAGAAUACUGGCAUGGAACCCUAAUAAUACUAAACCAGGCGGCGAGCUGGUGGUGGAAGUGAGCCGCCAGUCCGCCUGGGUGUUCGACGUGAGCUGGAGUCCGCGCGACCCAGGACUACUGUCCGCGGCCGCCUUCGACCAGUCGCUGGCUGUACACACACUCUUACACACCGGCACACAGCACAACAUGAGCGCCAGCAGUCAAAGCAACAUAAUGGAGUCAUUUGGCGGCGCGGACUCGUUCGCCGCCUUGCCUGUCGUACAGCAGAGCGCGCCCGUGCAGACGGUGGCCGCGCAGCCGACACGCGCGCCCAAGUGGCUUAAACGACCCACCGGCGCCAAGUUUGCUUUCGGCGGAAAACUAGUGACAUUCGAGAGGUGUCCACAAGAGGAGGGGCCACAGAAAAUGGUCUACAUUAGUCAGGUAGUGAGCGAACCAGAGAUAGUGGAGAAGGCAUUCGAGUUGGACACCGUGAUCGGACUCACGCUGAGUCAGGAGCCCGGCGCCGCCGAGAGACUGGCUGAAUACUGCCGCGAGAAAGGCGACGCGGCGAGCGAUCAGCAGGAGCGAUACACGUGGUUCUUCCUCCGCGCCAACUUUAUGUCCACGUUCCGGAGUGAAGUUCUCAAUCUCCUUGGUUUCAAGCAAGAUGAGAUCCCCUCGAAGUUCAAGAGUCAGGCUGCUGAAGCGCGCGCCCCGGACCUUGCUGGACUCAGCAGAGGCGAGAGCACGGAGACUGAAGCUGAGUUGUCCACCGACACCAGCACCGAUCUAUCGGACGCGCAAACGUUGAUCGAAAGGAAGCUCGCAAGUGUGGACUUAGAACCAGCGGUGGACAACGUGGUCAUUCCUAAUGGAGAAGAUCCAACGAGUUUGAUUUGUCGCGCUCUGGUGUGCGGCAACCUGGAAGAGGCGGUGGAACUGUGCUUGGAGGCGAAGAGAAUCGCGGACGCGCUUAUCAUUGCUUCCUUGGGUAGCCAAGAGCUUCUAUACAAAGUCCAGAAGUACCAUCUCAACAAGACCGCUUCAGACCCCGUGUCCCUGGUGUCCGGGAGUCUCCUGAGGUCCAAAUGGGACACUCUCAUCCAGGCUGCUUCGCCCAAUAGCUGGAGAGACACCUUAGCGGCGUUGGUUACGCAUUGCGAGGGAGACAGUCUUGCGCAUUAUUGUGAAAUGCUGGGAGACAAGUUAUCCCAGGAGUCGGAUGAAGCGUUGCGAGACGCGGGCGCGCUGUGUUACGUGUGCGCGGCGCACGGCGACGCGUUGGCCGCGCGGGCGCUACGCGGCGCCGCGAGGGACAUCUCCACGCUGGCCAAGUGUACGGAGCUGGCGUUGCUGACCAAGGCCGCCGCUGCCGCCAGGGGGCGACCCGUACAGCCCGGUGGCAAGUUGGAAACUCUUCUAAGCGAGUACGGCGCUCGGCUGGCGUCGCAAGGAUGCCUGCAGAGCGCGCUGGCCGCGUUACAGGGCGCCACCACUGAGCUCAACCAGAGGCUCAUGGUCGCUUUGGGCAUGAGGCCGCAGAAGACUGUACAGCAACAACCGCAACAGGCGGCGGCGCGGACGCGCACAGUGAGUUCACACUCACAGUCGCGCGGACAGUUCCCUGCGCAUAACGAUGUUAACGCGUAUAAUGCAGCCCCGGCGCCUGAAACAGCGGGCUGGGUAGCCAGUGCCAUGCCGCCUCGGCCCCCUAGCGUCUCCUCACAGCCUGGUGGGAAAUCCGGCCGUUCAAAAUACAAAGUGGACCCCUCAGUACAAUCCGCACCCCUAUAUAACCAAUACGGUUACAACAACCCCAUACAAUCGCAACCUACCUUUGGCUACAACAGUCCUCUACCCGACCAAUACGGCUCUGCUAGCGUGCCUAGCCACAACUUCACACCCAUCAACCAACCCAAUCCCAUUAACCCGUUAAACCCCAUUAACUCACUAAACCCAAUCAACCCAUUAAAUCCCGCUCCCUUGAACCCGACAAAUCCAAUUAAUCCAUUAAAUACGACCCCAUUAAAUCCAAUGAACCCGUUAAACCCAGCCGUUAACGGUGGUUACUAUAAUAAUCAACACGUGGAACCAGCGGUUGCGGCGUCGCCUCCAUCGAAACCAGUUCCUCCAGGGUGGAAUGAUCCUCCGAUGAUGACUUCUAAACCUAAGCCAAAGCAAGAAACCCCCCAGCCUCAAGCGCCAAUAACUCACCCACUGUUUGGAGUGGAACCACCACAGCACAUAGCGUUGGCGCCAACCUCCCAAUACGACCAAACGUUUGGCCAACAACCAUACCAGGGGCAAGGGGGACAAUAUCCAAACCAACAGUUCCCUGGACAACAGGCGCAGUUCCCUGGACAACAAGCGCAGUUCCCUGGACAACAAGCGCAGAUCCCUGGACAGCAAGCGCAGUUCCCUGGUCAACAGGCGCAGUUCCCUAGUCAGCAGGGUUUCCCCGGACAGAACCAGUUCCCGGGCCAACAGUACGAGCAGCAAUAUCAGCAGUAUCCUCAGGGUAUGCAACCCGGGUACCCACAACAGGUGGAAAGCCCCGCGCCGGUGGAGGCGGCGCCGGUACAGAAGGGCCCCAUACCAGAGGAGCACGCGGUCCUGCAGAGCGCGCUGGACUCGCUGAGGCACGCGUGCUCCGAGCGAGCUGCUAACCCGCAAAUGAAGAGAAAAUUAGAAGAUGUACAGAGGAGACUAGAAACGCUCUAUGAUAUGCUGCGAGAAAAUAGGCUAUCGGAAUCAGCGCUGUCCUCACUGCACUCGUGCGUGCAGCUGGUGCAAGCGGGCGACCACCACAACGCACUCAGUGCGGUCACGGCAUUAGCCACCGGGCCGGACUUCGCGGCCGUCGCGGCCUUCCUGCCCGGCCUCAAGAUGCUGUUCCUCCUCGCGCAGCAGCUGCAGGUCUGCGCGCGGUGAACAACAUCACUUAUUCACUAUUUAAAAAAAAAAAAACAAGAUGAUCGGUUCGUUUGUACAGAGACACAGAGUGUAACCAGAACGCUAGCAAAAACGAAGACAAGUGAUAAUACUGAUGAUCACUGAUAAUAUACCAC